CGUGUGUCCCUUCGGACAACAAAAAAUUACAAAAAUUUCGUGAAGCAAAAUUUAAUUCAAACUAAAGUAAAACGUGCCAAAUCCACCUCCACCAUCUCUAAAAAACCAACGGUCUCAAAGCCACCAUCGACACCCGCCACUUCCGCCAUCAUCGCACCGUCCACAACCACCGGAGAACGCUGAUUUUCAAAAAUCAAUCAGAUAAUGUCCACUCUUUACACUCCUCUAAUUUUCACCAUAAAAACCCCCAAAACCACCCUUAAAGCUCACACUUUUCUUCCUUCUUCAUUCUCAAAGCCUAAGCUUCGAAAAUUCCCCAAUUUCUCGGUUCAAUCCUCCAGUGACCCGGAAAAAGCGACCGGUAUUGAACCGGACAAUGAUAAAUCCGACGAUAAAACGACCGGCUUCGUUGAUGAAUGGGGAGAGAAGUCGGAGCCGGAACCCGAGCCGGUUACGAAGUUAACGGACUCGGACCCUCCGAUAAAUGAGGAUGAGUGGGGUAAUAACGGCAGGCCAGCUGUAGAUGUGAGUGGUGGAGAAGACGGGAAGCUUCUAGAACUGAAAAGGUGCUUUGUGGAUACAGUUUAUGGGACGGAUUUCGGGCUUCGGGCUUCAUCCGAGAUGCGGGCCGAGGCUUUGGAGCUCGUUUCUCAGCUGGAGGCAUCAAAUCCUACCCCCGCACCAACUGAGAGUGAGUUGCUUGAUGGGAAUUGGAUUUUAGUGUUCACAGCAUUUUCUGAGUUGUUACCUCUUCUUGCUGCGGGCAGCAUUCCUCUGGUGAAGGUAGAAAAGAUUAGCCAAGGCAUAGAUACAAGCAACUUUACUAUAGAGAACUCGACUACAUUAUCAAGCCCUGUAGCCACCUUGUCUUUUAGUGCAACUGCCACUUUUGAAGUUCGAAGCCCCUCUAGAAUACAGGUUGAAUUUAAGGAAGGGAAUUUUAAACCUCCAGAGAUAAAAUCAAACAUUGAGCUGCCAGAAAAUGUGGAUGUGUUUGGGCAAAAGAUAAGUCUCUCUCCAGUGCAGCAAUCUCUAGGUCCUCUGGAAAAUGCUGUGGCAGGCAUAGCACGUACUAUUUCUGGUCAGCCUCCUCUCAAGAUCCCAAUUCCAGGUGAAAGGACAAAAUCUUGGCUUCUCACGACAUACCUUGAUAAGGAUCUGCGGAUCUCCAAAGGAGAUGGAGGGAUUUUUGUGCUUGUUAAGGAAGGGAGUUCUCUUCUAUAUUAGUAGAGGUACCCGUAAUCCUGUAUUGUGAUUUCCAGAGGUCUUACGAACUGCAGGUGGUGUCUACUGCUACAUCAAUUUAGUGCAGUAUGUAGAAUUUAACCCACCUUAGCUGUAAAGUGAGACACAACUUGAUUUUAUUAAUGAGAUUCUACUGUAGCUAUUACUUGCAGAUUGAAGGUGGCAAGGAUGAAUAUCCACAUGCAAUGCUGUUAGUGUUAUUCAAAUUCUCGUUGAAUUUGGAUUGGCCAGUUAAGAGAGCCUACAUUGCUCUUCUUUCUUUUGAUGUCAAA